UGAUUUGGUUUACCCAGGUCACCCAUGGAUGUUCAGAAAUGCAGAGACUGACGAGCCACUGAGGGUGAACGGCAAAGAACUGUUUCUUCCUAAACCCGCUGAGGGUAGAAAUGCUAUUAUCACUUUACCAGUUUACAGCCUGGAGGAUCGUGCUCUUCAGGUUAUUCGUCGUAUGGUUCGAGCAGAAGACUACAGGAGGUUGGAAAUAGCGCAGUGUCUCCACAAGAAGCUGGAAGAUCAGCCCAGUGUAUUGAAAGAUCUCCAUCGCAUGAACCAGCGAGUAGAACAGCAUCUGCUGGAGAGAAUCCAAUGCCAGGAAGAAUGAUGGAAAAAAACUGGAUGGAUAAGGGUCACAUAUGGACAGCAAUAUUGUAUUCCACAUUGUUAGAAAGCAAAGAAGCCAGAAUUCAUAAAAUAUACAAUAAAACAUUGGAGUUACUUAUUGGGUGAGUGAACAGCUGUUACAAAGACUUCCCCAGAGGUCUAACUUUCUCUGUAAAGGAGUUUGAUCUUUGGAAAAUGCCUUCCUCAGAAAAAACCCCUGUAGCAUUUACCUUUUUAAGGAAGAAAAGGUUUUUAUAUAAUGUGAUGGCAGCAUAUUCAAUAAAAUAGUAUUGUUUGUCCUUUAAAAACGUUAUAUAAGGAUUUCAAUGUUUGUUUCGGAUUAUGUUACUCAUUACUUUAUUUUGUCAUAUACGGUAGCCAGGCUCUGUCUUAAGUAAACUAAAUCCUAUGCGAUCAUAUGCACAAGACAAAACAUACAGUACAAGAAUGUUUUUGUCUUGCAUACAAUGUUAUAACAGAUCUUCUGUCAUAAAUAUCAAAAUUCAAAAAGGACACUAAAUCAAAAGUAUAUAGUCACAUUAUAUAGACAUUUCAGAAAGACGUGUGUUGUUAAUAUUCUUCUUGGGAAUGCAUAAGAUAAAGUGGUCUUGACAAAUCCAGUUUACUGCAUCUCCCCCCGAAAAACAUUUUACUUUGUUAUCCGAGCUGUAAAACUCAGCACUUUAACCAAGGCUGAACUGAUCAGCAAUCGCCAGAGAGCUUUUGCUUCGGAAAAAGAUGGAGUGAUUGUGGGUGUACUUUCAAGUGAGCGUAUUUCGGUAAAUGCAGACUUUUUUUGUGAGAAUAUACCUUUCACCAUAUCUCCAUUUCACCAGGUUAUCUUCUAAAAUGUUGUUUUGCAGCUGAUUUCCAAUAAGGAGAACAAAAUAAUCAGCCUUGUCUUUACAUUUUUUAAGACUAAGCUGUGAAACACUGUGACUGAAGAGUUUAUGCUUUUGUUUUUGCCUACUUUGUAAUUCCUUGCCUAUUUUGUUCUUCUGUCACAAUGUUUUAAAUUCAUACACUGCUACAGUAUCUCAACAACCUUCAUUGUUUAUUUGUGUAAUAAAUAAAUAAAAGAUA